UAGUAUGGUUCAAACGGAACUUUCCUAUGGUGAUGGCAAAAGUGAUGUUGGUACACAUUUUUCAUUGCUUGCAUUUUCCUCAGAUGUUAUACUUGGGGCUAACCACAUCUACAGUGAAGCUGGAAACUUUACCCCUACGACUAGAUCAUUCAACCGAGUUUCAGAAAAGUUGGCCUCAUUGCCAAAUCCUAUUGUCGUUCAGCGUCCUGUAGUUGAUUUUCAAGUGAGUGUGAAUGUAGGACAAUAUAACGGCAAUACAGUUGCAUACCCAAUAGGAGAAACCAUCUACACUAUAACUGCCACUGGAUAUCCAACCGAUCCAUUCUGUAAGUUUACGCAUGCUGAUGGUACAGUGGAAACUGUAUAUGCAGGGGCUUUAAUGGAUAACCAACCAUUUCUGCAUACCUACCUCCACGGUCCUGAAAUCAUAGGCGAUGUUAGUACUUCGAUCAAUUGUUCAAAUUACAUUUCACAUGUUGUUAAAACAGUGGAUUUUACAGUCGUUCAAAUAAUUGAAAACGUAACAAUCGCGUCCGAUGUUAAUGUUACCCAUACAACAGGCGGUGUGCAGUUCACUCUGGU